UCAGGAAAAGAGCAAACCCCCAUACAACGUUGAGAAUCGAAAUUGACUUGCAAAAAAAAAACCGGACUGACGAAAACCACUUUUUCAUUCAUCAGCACGUGGAUCAACAAGUUGCUUUCGAGUGCGUAAUUUCCAUUUGAGCGGCGUUCAUCAUAAUCCGCGCCACACGUGAUCGACAAAGCACUUCAGCUGCAAAAAAAAAAAAAAAAAAAAAAAAUUCCUCAUCUAUGAAGAGAAACAAGCCCCGGACAGUCAGCGGAGACACAUCUCGUCCGGGAGUCAAGAAGGAGACCGGCUCCAUGCCUCGCUGCGUCUCCAGAUGCCCGGCUGGCCACCUCAUGGUAACUUUGCGCACCCAGCCCGCUGGAGAGAGGGGACACACUGAGAAGAGAUCUGAAUGAAUGGGACUGAGAUUUAUUCCCAAUUUCUCUUCUCGCCUCCCCCCCAGACUGUUGUAUGUGUUGUAUAUCCCGCUGGUUGAAGGUGUCUCGCGUUACCAGCAGAUAUCGACUGAGCGGUGGGUAGAUCCAUCACGCGAACAGGGGAGCAGCAAAUGUCGAAGAAACGGAAAAGUCCUGACGACCAGGACUUCGAGGAAUCUCCGUCUGCAGGAGGCAGCGACCAAGGCUUGACGGAUGAGAAAGUGAAGGCCUACCUCUCGCUGCAUCCGCAGAUGCUGGACGACUUUGUGUUGGAGAGCGUGAGUGCAGAGACGUUGGACAGAUGGCUGAAGAGGAAGACCAGCAGCAGGCCUGCAGAUGACACGUCAGCUAAAGGAGUCAGCAGGCAGUACCAGGACACAAACAUGCAGGGCGUGGUGUACGAGCUCUACAGCUACAUGGAGCAGCGGCUGGACACUGGAGGAGACAACAAACUCCUGCUCUAUGAGCUGUGCAGCAUCAUCAAAACAGCAACAAAAGCUGACGGAUUUGCACUUUACUUCUUGGGAGAAUGCAACAAUAGUUUAUGUAUGUUCACUCCAACGGGGGCCAAAGACGGCCCUCCAAGCCUCAUCCCCUCCGGGCCCAUCGCAUUUGGGACAACCAUCGCCGCUCAUGUUGCCAAGACUCACAAAACACUCCUAGUAGAAGACAUCAUGGGGGAUGAGCGCUUCCCCGACGGCACAGGGCAGGACUCAGGGAUCCACGUUCACUCUGUCCUGUGCCUCCCCAUCCUCACUGCCAUCGGGGACCUCAUCGCCAUCCUGGAGCUGCAUCGGCACUGGGGCAAGGAGCCCUUCAACCUCAGCCACCAGGAGGUUGCUACAGCGAAUCUAGCGUGGGCUUCAGUUGCCAUUCAUCAAGUACAGGUGUGCAGAGGCCUCGCCAAACAGACUGAGCUCAACGACUUCCUUCUAGAUGUGUCAAAAACAUACUUUGAUAACAUUGUGGCAAUAGAUUCUCUACUUGAACAUAUUAUGAUAUAUGCAAAAAACCUGGUGAAUGCGGACAGGUGCGCACUCUUCCAGGUAGAUCACAACAACAAAGAACUGUACUCUGACCUGUUCGAUAUCGGUGAGGAGAAAGAAGGCAAACCUGUCUUUAGGAAAACCAAAGAAAUUAGGUUUUCUAUAGAGAAGGGAAUAGCUGGCCAAGUGGCUCAGACGGGGGAAGUCUUAAAUAUCCCAGAUGCCUAUGCAGACCCACGGUUCAACCGAGAGGUGGACCUUAAAACCGGCUACACCACGCGGAACAUCCUGUGCAUGCCCAUCGUGAGCAGGGGGACUGUUAUAGGUGUGGUGCAGAUGGUGAACAAACUAAGCGGAAGUGCCUUCACUAAAACGGACGAGAACAACUUUAAGAUGUUCGCCGUCUUUUGUGCUCUGGCCUUACACUGUGCAAAUAUGUACCACAGGAUCCGGCACUCUGAAUGCAUUUACAGAGUGACGAUGGAGAAACUGUCUUAUCACAGCAUCUGCACAUCGGAAGAAUGGAAGACCCUCACCCAGCUCAACCUCCCUGCACCCAUUUACAAAGAGAUCGAAAUGUUCCACUUUGACAUCAGUCCCUUUGAGGAGAUCUGGCCUGCUGUCUUCAUCUACAUGGUCCAUAACUCCUGUGGAAAGACCAGCUUCGAGCUGGAGAAGCUGUGUCGUUUCACCAUGUCUGUACGGAAGAACUACCGGCGAGUGCCCUACCACAACUGGAAGCACGCCGUGACGGUGGCGCAUUGCAUGUACGCAAUCCUGCAGAAGACCUCCGGGAUGUUCACAGAGCUAGAGAAGAAGGGUCUGCUGAUCGCCUGCCUCUGCCAUGAUCUGGACCAUCGGGGGUACAGCAACACGUACCUGCAGAAGUUUGACCACCCGCUGGCUGCUCUGUACUCCACCUCCACCAUGGAGCAACACCACUUCUCUCAGACUGUCUCCAUCCUACAGCUGGAAGGGCACAAUAUUUUCUCCAACCUGAAUUCCAGCGAGUACGAGCAGGUGUUGGAGAUCAUCAGGAAGGCCAUCAUCGCCACUGACCUCGCCCUGUACUUCAACAACCACCAGCAGCUGACGGAGCUGCUGACCUCGCAGGCGCUCGACUUAAGCAACCACUCGCACAGGUCAGGUCGCGACUCGAGGGACCGUGUGAUUGGUCUGAUGAUGACAGCAUGUGACCUGUGUUCUGUUACCAAGAAAUGGCAAAUCACACGACUCACAGCCAACGACAUCUAUGCUGAGUUCUGGGCUGAGGGAGACGAGAUGAAGAAGAUCGGGACGCAGCCGAUCCCCAUGAUGGACAGAGAUAAGAAGCAUGAGGUUCCCCAAGGCCAAGUGGGAUUCUACAACGCUGUUGCGAUCCCAUGUUACACGACGCUAUCAGAGCUUUUCCCUCCGUCCAGUCCUCUUCUGAGAGCCUGCAGGGAGAACCUGGGCCAAUGGGAGAAGAUCUCACGGGGAGAGUUGGAGGACAUCAUGCCCAACCGGCCUUCAGAUUCCUCAGGCCCCGUCAAGGUGGAUAACUGACUACCAAAGGGGGUUUCUGGCCCACCAAAGGAAUACAACCUGAAUCCUGCCACGGACCCUGUAACUGUCGGUAUGGAAGAAAACCACAAAUCCUGUGUGAGCAGGAGGCAGAUCAGCUGAAAAGCGACUUGACUUUGAAAACACACAGUUACCUCACUGGGUGACGGAGGUGUCAACACUGACGGUUUCACCGCUUCCCAGAGACUGACAAGACGGACGACGCAGAGACACUCUGACCCGUCUUAUCUGCAUCCACUCAGCUCGGGAGUUUCGCUCGGUAGAAUGGACUUUUGUGCCGUUUUCAGUUUUGCUGUUUUUAUUUCUUUUUGUUUUUUUAUUUGAGCUGAUUCUUUUAUGGUCUUGUAUCUUGCAGAGGCCUUACUCUGAACCUUUCACAGGCUACAAUAUGUGAAACAUGGUCGUGGGUUCAGGCUUUUUUUUUUUUUUUUAAUGGUACUGUUUGCCUUCUGUGGUAGGUUUAUCGUACGCGCACUACUUCAGCAAGGUUUUUCCCAGAGACAGAAGGAAUGUGUAGAGCAGAUGCGUGGUGUCGUGCCACCUUACUGAGAAGGUGAAUGUGUUUUUUUUUUUUUUUUAUUACUUUUUUGAGCAAAAAUCCUUUGCAGUACUUGAAUAAAAAGACACACAGCCUAUUCUAGGUGGAGAUGGCAGAAAUCCCCCCGCAGCAGAGUCUACUAAACGUGGUUGAACUGUGACGAGGAGGAGUUAGAUAAUGUCCACACUUGUGAACACAGUCACAAGAGAGUCACAAUGUUUCUCCCCUGAAGUGGACCCCACAGCACUGCCCCCCCGUGCCCACCCCCCCACCCCCACCCAGCCCCUGGCAUUUAGAAACCUGCUGCACAGUACAUCAACUCUCUUCUGAUUAAUAGGAUCUGAUCCUAGGCCGGCAGUAAUGAUGCAUGCAGGACGGGACAAAGAUGCACAAAUAGCAUCCGUCUCACAUCACUUAUAGUAAGCCAAGCCCUGCACACUAUUGAAUUUCUCUCAUUUUUUGACGCCACAAUCUCAUCAUGAAUUAUUUGACACUACAAUCUGGUUCCUCCUCAUUAAUCAGUAAUCAUUUUUUACAAGCAUGAAUAAAACACGAUAAAAAAAUGAGGAUACCGCACAAGUCGGCAGAGUUGUCACAGCGGAUUAUACAGAUUUGUUUGUUUUGUCAGUGGCACAAUAAACUUUUCACAGCGCUGUCUGACCUUAUCUGAUGUCCAGGCGGCGUCAUGAUUUACACCACACAAGUCCAGGCAUUCGGAUUUAAUGACGAUAAAAGAAGAGUGGGAAUAAGUUGUAGCUGAUACAGUUUUUUUCUUCAUCAAGCUGUAGCCCUAAAACAUUUCAAACACUGAACACACCCAAAGCAGCUCAGCAGGAAGCCUCAACAAUCAUCUGCUUUGUCAUUUCACAUGAAUUCAAAAACCUGUAAAUCUAACGUGCAUCAUGUUUUUUUUAUUUCGGGUUGCAACUUAAGAGCAUUGGCUACAGAAGCUCCCCUGAUUCCCCUGACAUGUAGACGGAGAUGAAUAAUCCUCCAAGGACUUACAUGUGUGGGUGGGUGGGGGGGUGGGGGGGGGGGGCUUCCAAAACGAGUUUCCAAGAUCUUCCAAAAAGGCAAAAAACAUUGUCUUUAAACGUCAUUCCAGUGGACAUUGUCCCUCUAAGACUGAAAUUACCCCUUGAAUUAAUUUGUUUUAACGACUGGUACUGUGGCUCCCAAAUGUGUGUGAAUGUACAUUAUGAUGAAUGUUUUUGUUGAUUGCAGAUCCUCAUUGGUCGUUGGCCGUUUCCAUGAUGUGCUCUGUCUUACUUUUUCCAGAAUCGCUUCCAGUAAGCUUCAACCAAGAGCAACAAACUAGCAUGCACCUGAACUGAAGUUUCUAUAUAGUUUUGCAUAAUACGGUAAUAAGGUGUGUACUGUGUACGAUGUGUGCUCUGAUGGUGCUAAACUGAAUGGCAGUCAUGCACUUUCUGACUGGGUGUGUACACUGUGUGUGUGUGUGUGUGUGUGUGUGUGUGUGUGUGUGUGUGUGUGUGUGUGUGAUGACUUGACUGUCUCUAACCCCUCCAGCGCCCCCUCCUGAGAACAUGGUUAAGUCCAUAACACUGCACUGUCCCUUCUACUUUUCAGCACCAGUUAUAUCCCAUUGUCUGCACUAUGUUUAGCUUAUGAUCUUUAUCAUUAUUAUUAUAAUUAUUGAUGAUGAUGAUUAUUAUUAUUAUUAUUGCUAUUAUUACUAUUGUUAUUUUCUUAAUUAGAGUUAAAAAUUUAAAUUAACUUAUAUUUUUUAUACAAAGAGAAACAAUGUUGGCCUUUUUUGUUUUGUACAAAGUAAACAUUAAGAUAAACAAAACGGUCUCGACAUGUUACUGUUACCCAGAAUAAAGCGGAAUGUCUCAACUGUAAAUGUAAGAGCAGUAGCCCAAAUGACUUUUAUUAAAUACAUGAAAAACA